CCUGCCAUCUCCGAGAGCAUUUAUGAAACCAUUUUGUCCCUGAGCGGCUGCCGUAGUGUCUUCCGUGACUCAAAUAGCUCCCCUCCCCUUUCCCUUUGCCGCUUCCGGUGAGGCUGCGCCCGCUUUGGAAGAAGAAUCCUCGGUGUGGAACUCAGAGAGGCCAGGAGACCAUGGAGGCCACGGCCUUGGAGAGUCUCAUUGAGAUGGGCUUCCCCCAGAACAGAGCAGAGAAGGCCCUAGCGUUGACUGGGAACCAGGGCAUAGAAUCAGCCAUGGAUUGGCUGAUGGAGCACGAAAAUGAUCCUGACCUCGAUGAGCCGUUUGUCCCCUCCCAGAACCACAUACCGAGCACAGAAGAAAACCCGGAGGCAAAGACGCCGGAGUUGGUGCAAAGUAGUUCAGAACCCAUGUUAAAUGAACUUUCUGAGGAAGACAACCGGCACCCCUUGAGCGAAGAAGAGAAACGGGAGCAGACCAAGAGGAUGAUGGAGCUGAUCUCUCAGAAACAGCGGGAACGCGAGGAGCGGGAGAAAAGGGAGAGCAUUGAGCGGGAGAAGCAGCGCCGGAAGCAGGGCCAAGAGCUCUCGCUCAUCCGCCAGAAGCUGCAAGAGGACGAGAUGAAAAAGCUGGCCGAAGAGAGGCGCAAGGAGAAGCUGGAGGAGAAACUGGCCAAGCAGCGGGUGCGAGAGAAGAUCGAGCGAGACAAAGCUGAAAGAGCCAAGAAGUUUGGCGGCAGCUCCUCGCAAGAAUCCCUCCCGGUGGAGCCUGCAGCGCCUACACCAGUCCCCUCCUCUCCCAGCCAGGAGCCCCCCAUCAAGCGGGAAUACGAUCAGUGCCGGAUACAGGUGAGGCUGCUGGACGGCACAUCACUCACCCAGACCUUCAGAGCCAAAGAGCAGUUGGCCGCUGUCCGGCUGUACGUGGAGCUCAACCGCAAGGACGAUGCCGAGGAGCCUUUUGUCCUCCUUACCAGCUUCCCCCGCCGCGUCUUCACCGAAGAAGACAUGGAGAAACCGCUGCAGGAGUUGGGUUUGGUGCCUUCGGCUGUGCUGAUUGUGGCCAGGAAAGGCAACAGCUGAGCUGCUGCUCUCCUUGCCUCUCCGCACGUGUCUCGGCUCUCCUUUCCUCUCUUUUUUUGUUUUCUUAUUUUGCUGCUGACCUUUCCUUGGGGUCCACCUCCGGCUGCCUCCCCGCAGCCUCCUUGCUUUCCCAACCAGAGACUCUGGAGCAUAUCUCUUGGGCUGGGAUUCAGAAAUCAGUGGUGAUGGGCGGGGUGGGAUGAAAUAAUAAACCUCUUUCUUCUCUU